UUCAGGCAGUAGAGAAGCCCAGAACCUGGACCUGCCAACAGGCACUGACACAGGGGCAGGAUUUGGAGGUGGAUGGGGUGGAUGAGGAGUUUUACUGGCUCAUGAACCUAAAUGCAACUGCUGUCUUUCUCGGAAUAUCUUACAUCCAGCACUCAGGAGCCUGGGUCUUUGUUUUACUUAUUCCUCUUAUGUCUACACUUAUGGCUCUGAUUACCCUUCAUAUGACAUACUAUGACCUGAUCUACCAGCCAGAGAAAUCUUGCUCAUCCCUGGCCGCCUUUGGGGUAUUUGUUAAUGUAGUGAAAACGUGCUGCCUGCAAUAUUGCCAUCUUGGAAGAGUUGUGACAAGCUGGUUAGACCACACCAAACUAAAAAAUGGUGGCUGCUUCAAUGAGCUCCAUGUGGAAGACAUAAAAAAUUUCUUCAGCCUUCUUCCUCUGUUCACUUUCCAGCUCCUAUACAGAGUGUGUGUUAUGCAGAUUCCUUCAGGAUAUUAUCUACAGACCAUGAAUUCCAACCUGAAUUUGGAUGGAUUUCUUCUGCCAAUUGCAGUAAUGAAUGCCAUCAGCAUCCUGCCAUUAUUAAUUCUGCCUCCUUUUAUGGAGUACCUCAACACCUGCCUGUCUCUCUCUAAGAAAGAUGGACCAUUUCUGUCGGCAUGCAUUAUUGCUGGAAAUGUUUGUGCGGCAUUGUCUGUGACCCUUGCUGGCUUCCUUGAGAUACACAGAAAGCACUUCCCACUGGUGGAGCAGCCUCUUUCAGGCCAAGUUGACACUGCAUCUUCCAUGCCCUGUUUACACCUCGUUCCUCAAUACGUUUUACUUGGAGUGGCUGAAACUCUGGUAAACCCAGCCUUCUCUGUAAUAGCAUAUAGAUUUGCUCCAAGCAAUAUCAGAGGAACUUCUACGAAUUGUUUGACACUAUACCAUGGAUUUGCCUGUUUCACAGGGGCACUGCUGGUUGAGUUGGUUUAUCUCAUCUCAGAAGGCAGUUGGUUUCCAAACACAUUAAGCAAAGGCAAUUUAGAAAGCUUCUUCUUCUUGCUGGCAUCAUUAGCGUUGUUGAACGUCCUGGGAUUCUGGAGUAUUUCACAAAGAUAUUGUAAUCUAAAUCAUUUUAAUGCCCAGAACACCAGUGGAAGCAAUCUUGAAGAAACACUUCUCCAUGAAAAGUCUCUGAAAUUUUAUGGCAGUACACAGGAAAUUUCUUCAAGUAUUGAUCUCUGGGAGACAGCCCUAUGA